AUGCGCGUUCAAUCAUACUUGUCGCUCUUCAGCCUUGUUGGCGCAGCUCUCUGCGCGCCUCGUGAGCACUUCAAGCGCACUGCCAGAACGUCUGCUCCGGCCGGCUGUCUCACCGUUGGAGGAAGCGGGACCUACUCGACGAUCGGCGCUGCGUUUGCAGCUUUGGGCUCAUCCUCGUCUGAGGCCUGCAUCUACAUAUCAGCCGGGACCUACAAGGAGCAAUUGACCUUCCAAUACGCUGGGCCGUUGACCCUCUAUGGCGAAACCACGGACACGAGCAGUUACAAGAAGAACACCGUCACGAUAACCCAUACGAUUUCCUCACCUGAAGCAGGGUCCCUUGUUGCGAGUGCGACUGUCAAUGCGGCCAUGGAUAACUUUACCAUGUACAACAUCAAUGUUGUGAAUGGGUACGGGAAGGGGGCUCAGGCUGUCGCACUGGCUGCCAGCGGAGAACGCCAGGGUUACUAUGGCUGCCAAUUCCUUGGGUAUCAAGAUACGCUGUACGCACGCGUGGGCGUGCAGUACUACUCCAACUGCUAUAUUGAGGGGGCCGUAGACUACAUAUUCGGCGACGCAAGCGCCUGGUUCGGCGAAUGCGACAUCGUCUCCAACGGUGCAGGCUACAUCACCGCCAUGUCGCGCGAGACAGCCUCCGAUCCGGCCUGGUAUUGCUUCGACCACUGCAAUAUCUACGGAAAAUCGGGGCUGGACUUGACCGGCGAUGUAUACCUCGGACGGCCGUGGCGCGUCCUCGCGCGGGUCAUCUAUCAGAACUCGGAGCUGAGUGAUAUCAUCAACGCGGCUGGAUGGACGACUAUGGCAGAAGGAGCCACGCCACUGUACUACGAGAUCGGGAAUACGGGUGACGGGGCAGACACGUCCAAAAGGCUGUAUCUUAGCGAGAUCAGUGCGGCUGUCACCAAGGCUACGGUGCUGGGGAGCGACUGGACGGACUGGCUUGACUGGAGCUAUUGA